AUGACAAGGCACCCCAGAGUGCUUCUGCCAUCGUAAAUGCGGUCUUCCGAGCGGGCGGGCUGCGGGCAAAUUGUGAGCUCAGAUGACAGUCACAUCUGGUCAGGAUUUAGCUGCGAUGACAGCCAACUCGAGCUCAACAAGUUGUUUUUAAUCAUGUCAUCAACUGCUGGUCAAGUUAUCAAGUGUAAAGCUGCCGUCGCCUGGGAGGCUGGCAAGCCUUUGUCUAUCGAAGAAAUUGAGGUUGCUCCCCCGAAGGCUCAUGAAGUCCGUAUUCAGAUCCUGUACACCGGCGUCUGCCACACCGACGCCUACACUUUGUCAGGAAGAGAUCCCGAAGGCGCUUUCCCCACCGUCUUUGGUCACGAAGGUGGUGGUAUUGUUGAAUCCGUUGGUGAAGGUGUCACUGAUGUUGCGGUUGGUGAUCACGUUAUCCCUCUUUAUACUGCUGAGUGUAAGCAGUGCAAGUUCUGCACCAGUGGAAAGACCAACCUUUGCGGUGCUGUUCGCGCUACCCAGGGUCAAGGAUUGAUGCCUGACAAGACGUCUCGUUUCACCUGCAAGGGAAAGCAACUCUUCCAUUAUAUGGGCUGCUCCACUUUCUCCCAAUACACUGUCGUCGCUGAUGUCUCUGUCGUUAAGGUCGAUGAUGAAGCUGACUUGCAAAAGGUUUGCUUGCUUGGUUGCGGUGUCACUACUGGUUUCGGAGCUGCCACUCGUACCGCCAAGGUCACUCAAGGCUCAUCGGUUGCUAUCUUUGGUUUGGGUUGCGUUGGUUUGAGUGUUGCUCAAGGUGCUGCCUACAACAAGGCCAGCCGUAUCAUUGGUGUGGAUGUCAACCCUAGCAAGGAGAAGAUCGGCCGCGAAUUCGGUAUCACCGAGUUCGUUAACCCCAAUGACUACAAGGACCAGCCUAUUCAGCAAGUCUUGAUUGACUUGACUGAUGGCGGUCUGGACUAUACCUUUGACUGCACAGGUAACACCAAAGUCAUGCGCGCUGCAUUGGAAGCUUGCCAUAAGGGAUGGGGUGAAUCCAUCAUCAUUGGCGUAGCUGCUGCAGGUGAGGAGAUUUCUACUCGUCCAUUCCAAUUGGUCACUGGUCGUGUCUGGAAGGGCUCAGCUUUUGGUGGCAUCAAGGGAAGAACCGAGAUGCCUGGAUUGGUCAAGGAAUACCAAGAAGGAAGGCUCAAGGUCGACGAAUUUGUCACUCAUACUUUUGGACUUGACGAGAUCAACAAGGCAUUUGACAUAAUGCACUCUGGAGACUGUAUUCGCGCCGUUAUCACUAUGCAAUAAGGAAUAACUUUAUUAUCUUUCUUUGAAUGAUUUUGGUUACAACGGAUAUGUACGAAGAAAUUAUGGCAGUUUUGUAACAAUGUGCAUGUAGAAUAAAAAGAAUGGGGAGC